GUUUUUAUUGGUGCGAAUUUAGCAGUUGGAUCUUUUUGACGUAUUUUGUCUCCUGAAAUAUUUUCGUUUUGUGUUAGUCAUAACAACUAAACAUUCCUGGAAGUGUAUUUGCAUCCUAUCGGAUUUCCCCAAGAUCAAGUGAAUGCCAAAUCUAUAACUCAAAUCGGAAGCAAUGACAGGUUUAUUCCAGUGGUCCUCUACAAAUUUUGACAAGUUGUUCGAAAGAGCAACAAGUCAUCUUCUUCUAGAGCCAGAUUGGGAGAGCGUUCUUCAGAUAUGCGACAGCAUUCGACAAGGAGAUGUUCAGCCAAAAUAUGCUGUAUCUUGUAUCAAAAAGAAACUAUAUGCUCAAAAUCCUCAUGUUGUACUGUACACAUUGCAGGUUCUAGAGUCUGUAAUGAAAAACUGUGGAUCUCCAAUCCAUGCAGAAGUGGCCUCCAGGCCUUUCAUGGAAGAGCUUAAAGAUUUGGUAAAAUCUACUACCAAUGAUAAUGUUAGGAGCAGAAUUUUGGAAUUGAUACAGAUCUGGGCUCACGCCUUCCGCAACGAACCCAAGUAUCGAGCGGUGCAGGACAUUUUCAACAUGCUCAAAAUGGAUGGCUACAAACUACAGGUGUUAAAAGAAAGUGAUGCAAUGUUUAUGGCAGAUACGGCUCCUGAUUGGGCGGAUGGAAAUUGCUGCCAUCGCUGCAGGACACAGUUCUCCGUCGUGCAAAGAAAGCAUCAUUGCCGUAACUGUGGUCAAAUCUUCUGCAACAAGUGUUCCUCGAGGAGUUGUCCCAUUCCACAUUUUGGCAUUGAAAAGGAUGUUCGAGUGUGCGAAGCUUGCUGGGAAAAAUUAAAUAACCUUAGGCCUGGUGGACCAACCAAAGCAGCAUCACCAAAUGUAGAAUCAUCUCCCCAGUCAACUGCUCAGGAUGUUCCGAGCAGCAAUCGCAAAAGUGAGCAGGAACUGAAAGAGGAAGAAGAUUUGCAGUUGGCUAUAGCAUUGUCGCAAAGUGAAGCAGAAGUGAAAGAAAAAAAGAAAGCUUCUACAAAAUUAACAUAUACGACAUUUAAUCCACCUGAGGAGGUGGGUGUGGCCCCGGAAAAGAAACCGAACUCCCCAUCGGAGAACGAGCUGGAUCGGUACCUCAACCGCUCGUACUGGGAGCAAAGGCAGCAGCAGCAAAAAGAAGAGCCCGUGUCCUCCCCACCCACCACCAGCCCCACGCCCAGUGCCCCCUCAGCCACCGCACCCACCGGGGACUAUCGCUCCCCCAGGACUAACGAGAAGAUGCAGAAUGGCGAUGCGGACGAGCUGGCGGAUUUCCUGUCGAACCUGCGAACCACGGUGGAGAUAUUCGUGAACCGAAUGAAGAGCAACUCGAGCAGGGGCAGGCCCAUCGCCAAUGACACCCACGUGCAGUCCCUCUUCAUGAACAUCACCCAAAUGCAUUCUAGGCUGCUGAAGCACAUGCAAGAGCAAGAUGACCUGAGAGCUUACUACGAGCGACUGCAGGACAAGCUGAACCAGGCCAGAGAUGCCAGGGCUGCCCUGGAUGCUUUGAGGGAAGAGCACCGAGAGCGCUUGAGGAGGGAAGCUGAGGAAGCAGAGCGCCAGCGCCAGAUACAGAUGGCGCAUAAGCUGGAGAUUAUGAGGAAACAGAAACAGGAGUACUUGCAGUACCAACGACAGCUAGCCAUCCAACGCAUGCAGGAGCAAGAGAGGGAAAUGCAGAUGAGGCAAGAGCAGCAGAAGGCCCAGAAUGUGCAGCCUGCUUAUCCUCCCCCACAGGGACAGCAGUACCCCCCACCUCACGCCUUCGUACCCCAGGGUGCCCCGGGGUAUGCCCCCAUCAUGCAGCAACCCCCCAAUGGGGUGGAGAUGGGGCCCCAGCAACCGGGGUACCAUCCUGCAGCCGUGCCCUUCAAGCAACCUCAGAUGCAGACGGAUUAUCGUCAGCCCUAUAAUAUGCAAGUUCCUGCAUCCAUGCCUUCGAUGCCGCCCGGAGCCCCCUACCCCCAGCCGCCCCCCGGACCCCCCAUGGGCCCCCAGAUGAUGAUGCACCCCGCCCACAUGGGCAUGGUGCCCCAGGGCAUGGCCCCCCAGCUCCCGGUGGUGGAAGCCAUGCCUCCCCCUCCACCACAGCCACAGUCGCCCCAACACCAACCGGUGGCACCACAGCCACAGUGCGAUCCACUCAUAGUGUUCGAUUGA